GGAAGUGGGCGGUGCAUUUGUUGAAGCUGGAGCCUGUUAUCUAUUAGCUGCGUGCGAUCCUGCAGGCAGAGCUGACAGACAGAGCAGCCUUCCUCCAAUGGCCCAAACUAACCCUCUAGCUGACUGAGUCUGACCCACCAAGCUUCAUUCUGCUGCCAGUCUGCAAUUGCUGAACAGUGACAGGGGUGUAGCCCCCCCAGUGGCCCCCCAUUCUGGCACCCUGCCUGCACUACCCGGCCUGCUAAUCACUUCUCUUCACUGCCACUCCAGUUUGACCACUGACAAAACACGACAAGCAAGGGGAAGCGAUCAAUAGUGAGGCAAGAAGAGCGAAGACAUAAGUGGAUGGAUGAACCAGAGCCGGUUUCUGGCUGGGGUACCAGCUAGCCAACAAGUGCCUGAGAGCAUCCAAAAGUUGCAGUGGACCAUACAGUCUGCCUUGAACAAGCUGCUCCAUCAGUUGGAAGACAACAGAAUCUGUAACAAAUUACAGCCGAACACUACUCUCGGAAACAGUGACCACUACUCUUACAUUCCACUCUGGUUGUAUCUGCGUCCCCUGAGCGUGACACAGGAAGUCAGCAAUAAUGGCCUUAGUGACACUUCAGAGAUCGCCGACCCCCAGCGCUACUUCCUCAGCCAGCACCAGCGAGGAGUUUGGAAAUGAGGAGGAUCGCAAAGUGAACUUAAGUUUAAGCGACAGCUUUUUCAUGGUGAAGGGAGCUGCCCUCUUCUUGCAGCAAGGAAACAGCACUCAAGGGCAAAGGAGCCUUCUAAAUCUACACAAACAUGCUGGAGAUCUUCCCCAGCAUCUGCAGCUUAUGAUUAAUCUCCUCCGCUGUGAAGAUCGCAUUAAGUUGGCUGUGCGCUUGGAAAGCAACUGGACAGAUCGUGUACGCUACAUGGUAGUGGUAUACUGCAAUGGAAGACAGGACACAGAAGAGAAUAUCUUACUAGGAGUAGAUUUUACUAACAAAGAAAGUAAAAGCUGCACCAUUGGGAUGGUUCUGCACCUGUGGAGCGACACUAAAAUACACCUGGAUGGAGAUGGGGGCUUCAGCGUUAAUACUGCAGGCAAAACCCAUGUGUUCAAACCUGUGUCUGUCCAGGCCAUGUGGUCAGCCCUUCAAGUACUUCAUAAGGCCUGUGAGGUUGCCAGGCGUUUUAAUUACUUUCCUGGAGGUCUGUCUCUUGUCUGGGCUACUUACUAUGAGAGCUGCAUCAGCUCUGAGCAAAGCUGCAUCAAUGAGUGGAACACCAUGCAGGAUCUGGAAUCUGCCCGCGCAGAUUCCCCCAUUAUUUUUAUGGAGAAGCCUAGUGAGGGGGAGAGGACUGAGUGGGUUAUAAGACAAACACUAAGGAGUAUCAUGAUGACCAGAGACUUGGAGAAUGUGACCUGCAAAGAGAUUCGCAAUGAGCUGGAAGAGAAGCUGAGCUGUAACCUGAAGGAAUAUAAAGAAUACAUAGACAAUGAAAUGUUACUUAUCUUGGGACAAAUGGAUAAGGCUUCCCUCAUCUUUGAUCAUGUUUACUUGGGUUCUGAGUGGAAUGCAUCAAACUUAGAGGAGCUACACAGUACAGGGGUUGGCUAUAUUCUUAAUGUCACCAGGGAGAUUGAUAAUUUCUUCCCAGGAAUGUUUGCCUAUCAUAAUAUUCGCGUGUAUGAUGAGGAAACCACAGACCUGCUCUCUCACUGGAAUGAUGCAUAUCACUUCAUUACCAAGGCUAAGAAAAAUAAAUCCAAGUGCCUGGUGCAUUGCAAAAUGGGGGUCAGCCGCUCUGCAUCUACUGUCAUUGCAUAUGCUAUGAAAGAGAACGGGUGGAGCAUGGAGAAAGCAUACAACUUUGUCAAGCAGAAGCGCAGUGUAACUAGGCCAAAUGCAGGUUUUAUGCGCCAGCUACUAGAAUAUGAGGGAAUCCUGGAUGCCAGUAAACAAAGACACAACAAACUAUGGAUGCCACCCAUUUUUCCAACCUCCUAUGGGCAAGAUACUCUAGAAACUGAAUUCAAUUAUGGACUGAAUGAAGAUUAUGUAAAAGCAGAAACUUUGCCAGAAAGUUAUUGUUUAAGACACCUGAAUAAUCCUUGUGAAUUAAUUGAGCCGUUAAGUGUGGAACUUGAAGUAGAAGAAUUGGAGAGAGAUGCCCUUUUGGGAGAUACUGAUGUUGGGACAAUUAGACAAAAUUCUCCUUUUCUAGAGGGUGAAAUAAGAAAGAAAUUAGAUUUUGAAGAUUUGUUGAGUCCCAAGCGAUAUAAAGAUGAUUUUGGUCCAGCUGAAAGACAUAUGAAGGAAGGGGAUAGCCAUAUUCCCUUUGUGCCUGAUUAUGAUGAACAGGUUUAUAAGGAAAAUUUGAGCAGUAAUAGCAGCAAAAGAAGUUGCCCCAAAGACACGGAGGAAGAUGCCAUUUUUGGCAUUCUGAGUAAAGUGAAGCCUCCGUAUCCCUCCUGUACAGACUGUGUGUACCCAAAACCAAGUGAGGAACCCCAGAAGCCAUAUUGUGAACCGGCACUUAAUUCUACAACUGUAUGCACCCAGCCUACCUUAUUACAGCACAUGACUUCAGCAGUGUUGAAUAGAAUGCAUGGGGACAAAAUGGAGGAAGAGCUGGCCAAAUCUUGCCCUGGCCAUUUACAUUCACCUUCCAGGGUUAUUGCUAUAACCCGUCAAAAGCCAUUUGAUAGUACAGAAAAGCAAUCAACAGUGACUCCUGAAGUAGAUCCCUUUGCGGCUGGAGGUUUGUUGUCUAGAAAGGAUGCGAAACAGUAUAGAGACCAAAAGUAUUUAUUUUUCACUAAGGAGUUGGAAAAGCCUACAAUGCACAGCUAUUUGAUGCAGCAUCAAGAAUCUAUUAUCCAACUUCAAAAGGCUGGACUGGUCAGAAAGCAUACAAAAGAAUUGGAGCGACUUAAGAGUGAAGGUACUUCUGUUGGCAAAGAUGUUUGUAUAGAGAAGACCAAUUGUAGUGGCUUAUACUGUACCAAAGACUUGCCCACAUAUCCAGAACUAGUUCAGUCAAAUGGACAAAAUAACGUGGCAAAGACAGAAAUGGUAAAUGCUUUAGAUGGUACAUUUCAGAAGACCUCCACUCCAAAUUUUUGCAAAUUGGAUCAGAUUAGCAGCUACACUAAAGAUUUCUUAAAGACAAUAUGCUAUACCCCAACAUCAUCUUCUAUAAGCUCUAACCUGACGCGCAGCUCGAGCAGCGACAGCAUACACAGCGUACGUGGGAUGCCAGGACUUGUUAAACAAAGGACUCAGGAGAUUGAAACACGGAUGCGUUUAGCUGGUCUUACUCUAUCUUCCCCAUUGAAGAGAUCUCACUCUCUUGCCAAACUGGGUAGCCUCACUUUUUCCAGUGAAGAUUUGUCCUGUGACUCUGAUACGUUUCAGAAAUCGGAGUGCAAAAGCGCCAAAUUAAGGGACAGCUCUGUCUUCACUGAUAUUUCAGGGAACAAACCAGACACGUUAAUUAAACCAGCUGAUACACCCAUAACAAAGACUGAAACAAGAUGACUUUUUUGUUUGCUUGUUUAUUAUUAUUAGAGUUUAUUCUUCAUAGCCUAUAUCACUUUUAUUGUGAGCCUGGCAGCGCACACGGGUUUGUAUAAGAGCAAGAAAUUGUCCAUUUUUCUGCAGUGACUUAUUAGCGACUAUGCAUUCCUUAAUAUUAUGUUUCGGUUUUGUUUUUUCCUCAGAUCUAUGUUGUGGUUUUUUUCUCUUAAUAGCCUGGUUAAGUACUUUUUAGACACUUUUUCAGACAGGAUGUAAAAUGGCAGUUGCUAUAUUGGUACAAUUCAGAGGAUUGUGUUUACUGUAACCAUUAUAUAUGAAGUGUUUGCACUUCAGAAAUCCUACCUCUAUUUUCUGUUAUUUUGACUGUUUCUGAAUUCUAGAUGUGCAUCCUCUUUCUGCUUAGUCAGCGUAUCCUCUUAUAGUCUGUUGCUGUUCCCUGGUAUAUGAGCAAUUUAUUUAUAAAGCUUAGACACAUGUUUCACUGUUACUACCAAAAUGCAGAGGAUUAUUAUUGAUUGUUUUCCAUUGACAGUAAAAGAAAAUGUCCUAUGUUCCCCUCAGGGUAUUGUCACCUCAAAACACUGAUCAGUGCCAUUAAUUGUAUAUCAAUGAAUACAAUGUUUGGCUUUUGAAAAGAAAUUCAAAAGUUCAGCUGUAGUCCCUUAAUAAAUCAUCAUUAAACCUG